GAGAGGGAGUCCCCCCCACCCCCUAGUGGCGGCUGCAUGCGCCAUGACUCAAUAAGAGUGAAGCGGAGAGGAAGGAGAAGGACAGUGUUGUAGCAGAGCAAAGUCUUACCGGUUCUAAAGGACCGAACCCCACCCUGGGUCCCAGCUGAACCCCUCCCCCCAGGACCCCCCAACGUCUCCCCCCUUUUUCUGGCAUUGCCGUGCGUCCACUUCAAGCCAAGGAGUGAGAAGGAUGCCUGCCGGGAGCACGGAGAGGUCAAGAGGACGCCGGCAUGCGCUGCCGCUGGCGGACCCGGGCCGAGCGCCCCGCCGGACCCCGAUGCCGCUAAGGAUGCUGAUGCUGCUGAUACUGGCAGGCUGGGGGGGCGUGGUGAAGGCGUGCCCGGCGCCGUGCAGCUGCCUGGGGACGACUGUGGACUGCCACGGCCUCGGGAUCCAUGCUGUGCCCAAGAACAUCCCCAGAGGAACGGAGAGGCUGGAUCUGAACGGGAACAACCUGACACUGGUCACCAAAUCAGACCUGUCCGGGCUGAAACACCUGAGAGUUCUUCACCUGAUGGACAAUCAGAUCAGGGAGGUGGAGCGAGGAGCUCUGGAUGAUCUGAAGGUUCUAGAACGACUUCGCCUCAACAAGAAUCGACUGUCACAAAUCCCAGAACUUCUCUUUCAGAAGAAUGAGGCCUUGUCACGACUCGACCUGAGUGAGAACUGUAUCCAGGCCGUUCCCAGGAGAGCCUUCAGGGGAGCCCCAGACCUCAAAAACCUCCAGCUGGACAAGAACCACAUCAGCUGCAUCGAGGAGGGAGCCUUCCGGGCGCUGCGUUCACUGGAAGUCCUGACGCUGAACAACAACAACAUCAGCAGCAUCCCCGUCUCCAGUUUCAACCACAUGCCCAAACUACGCACCUUUCGCCUGCACUCCAACUCCCUGCGCUGUGACUGCCACCUGGCCUGGUUGUCUCCAUGGUUACGCCAGCGUCCGGCCUUGGGUCUCUACACGCAGUGCAGCUCGCCGCCGGCCCUCAGGGGCCUCAACCUGGCCGAGCUGCGCAAGGGCGACCUGGCCUGUUCAGGCCACGGCGGCAGCGCCUUCGUGCAGCCGUGCAGCCUGGCGUCGGGCUCGUGUCCGCCCAUGUGCUCGUGCGCCAACAACAUCGUGGACUGCAGGGGGCGGGGCCUCACUGCCAUCCCCGCCCACCUCCCGGAGGCCAUGACAGAGAUCAGAAACGGUAUUAAGUCGGUACCCCCGGGGGCCUUCACCUCCUACAAGAAGCUCCGGCGCAUAGACCUGAGCAACAACCAAAUAUCGGAGAUGGCUCCCGAUGCUUUUCAGGGCCUCAGAGCUCUCAACUCGCUGGUCCUGUACGGCAACAAGAUAACGGAGCUUCCCGCCGGCGUGCUGGACGGCCUGACCUCUCUGGAGCUGCUAUUGUUGAACGCCAACAAGAUCCGCUGCGUCAGGGCGUCUGCCUUCAAAGACCUGGAGAACUUGGCGCUGCUGUCGCUCUACGACAACAAGAUCCAGAGCCUGGCCAAGGGAACCUUCAGCUCUCUGCACAGCAUCCAGACUCUCCACCUGGCCCAGAACCCCUUCGUGUGCGACUGCAACGUCAAGUGGCUCGCAGACUUCCUGCGAUCCAACCCCAUCGAGACCAGCGGGGCCCGCUGUGCCAGCCCUCGCCGCCUAGCCAACAAACGCAUCGCGCAGAUCAAAAGCAGCAAGUUCCGAUGCUCGGCCAAGGAGCAGUACUACAUCCCAGGUGCGGAGGACCGCCGCCUGAGCUCGGACUGCAACAGCAAGCCGGUGUGUCCCAACAAGUGCCGCUGCGAGGCCAACGUGGUGGACUGCUCCAACCUGAGACUCACCAAGUUCCCAGAACAUCUGCCCCCCUCCACAGAGGAAGUGCGUCUCAACAACAACGACCUCUCGGUGCUGGAGGCCACCGGUGCCUUCAAGGGCCUGUCGCAGCUCAGGAAAAUCAAUCUGAGCAACAACAAGAUCUCAGAGAUCGAGGCCGGAGCCUUUGAUGGCGCCUCCUCGGUGACGGAGCUCCACCUGACCGCCAAUCACCUGGAGUCGGUCCGGGGAAACAUGUUCCGUGGCAUGCGAGGACUCCGCAUGCUGAUGUUGAGGAACAACAAGAUCCGGUGUCUCCACAACGGCAGCUUCACAGGCCUGACCAACGUGCGUCUCUUGUCUCUCUACGACAACCAGCUGAGCGCCAUCUUGCCUGGGACCUUUGACACGCUGCCCAACCUCUCCACUCUGAACCUCUUGGCCAAUCCUUUCAACUGCGACUGUCGCCUGUCCUGGUUCGGGGCGUGGCUUCGGAGCCGGCGAAUCGUGACCGGCAAUCCUCGCUGCCAAAGCCCCGCCUUCCUGCGGGAGAUCCCGCUGCAGGACGUGGCCGUGCCAGACUUCCGUUGCCAAGACCAUGGUUCAGGUGUGGAGGACAGCAGCUGCUCCCCGGGCCCACAGUGUCCCAGUGAGUGUGCCUGCAUGGACACUGUGGUGCGCUGCAGCAACAAGCACCUGCAGGUGCUGCCCAGAGGACUGCCACGCAACCUCAGCGAACUCUACCUGGACGGGAACCAGCUGACCCGCGUGCCCAAGGAGCUCGCCACCUUCAGGAACCUGCAGCUUGUAGAUUUGAGCAACAACAAAAUCAGCUCGCUGGCCGACAACUCCUUCGCCAACAUGAGCCAGUUAACCACCUUGAUCCUGAGUUACAAUUCCUUACGUUGUAUUCCUCCUCUGGCGCUGAGUGGUCUGCGCUCUCUCAGGCUGCUAUCUCUCCAUGGCAACGACAUCUCAGAGCUGCAACACGGCAUCUUCAGUGAUGUCACCUCCCUGUCUCACCUGGCCAUCGGCGCCAACCCCCUGUACUGCGACUGCCGCCUCCUCUGGCUGUCAGACUGGGUGAAGAGCGGCUACAAGGAGCCCGGCAUCGCACGCUGCGCCGCCCCGCCCGCCAUGGAGGGCAAGCUGCUCCUCACCACGCCCCCGGACCACUUCCUGUGCGCGGGUCCCGUGGAGGACCGGGUCCAGGCCAAGUGCAGCCCGUGUGUGUCCUCGCCCUGCCAGAACCUGGGACUGUGCCAGGAGGGCCACAUGCAGACCUACACCUGCACCUGCCAGGCCGGCUUCACGGGCCGAUACUGUGAGGCCCCGCUGGACGCCUGCGUCAGUGACCCCUGCACCAACGCAGGAAGUUGUCUCGCUGACGAGCAGACCGGCGGAUUCAGCUGUGCGUGCGCGCCGGGCUUCCACGGCACCUUCUGCGAGGUCAACGUGGACGACUGCCAGGACCACGGCUGCGAGAGCGGCGCCACCUGCGUGGACGGAGUGGGCAACUACACCUGCCUGUGCCCCCCCGGCCGCGCAGGUCUGUUCUGCGAGGAGGACGAAGACCUGUGCACGCCUGCCAGGAACCCCUGCCGGCAUCAGUCCACCUGCGUCGCCACCCCUACUGGACCCAGGUGUGUGUGCGUCCCAGGCUGGGUGGGGCCGGACUGCGGUAUCGACUACGACGAGUGUGUGGACCACCGCUGUCAAAACGGCGCGCAGUGUGAGGACCGGCUGGACGGAUACGUGUGUGUGUGUCCUCGGGGAUACAGCGGCGACGCCUGCGAGAUAGCCCCGCCUCCUCCGUCACCUUGCCAGCAGGCCCGCUGCCAGAACGGCGCCCCCUGCCAGGAGAGGGCGGGCGCGGCGGUCUGCCAGUGUCUGCCGGGCUUCGAGGGCACCAGCUGCGAGAAGCUGGUGGGCGUCAACUUCGUCAAGCCGGACUCGUACGUCCAACUGCAGGACGUGAAGAACUGGCCCCACGCCAACAUCACGCUGCAGGUGUCCACUGCGGAGGACAACGGCGUGUUGCUGUACAACGGGGACAACGAGCCCAUUGCCGUGGAGUUGCACCAAGGUCAUGUCAGGGUCACCUACGAUCCCGGGAACCAGGCCGCCGCCGCCAUCUACAGCUCGGAGACGGUCAAUGACGGCCGCUUCCACACAGUGGAGCUGCUGACCUUCCAGCAAAUGGUCAACCUGUCGGUGGACGGCGGCCAGCCCACCACGCUGGACAGUCGGGGGCGGAGCCAGGCGGCCAUGGUGGAGGCCCCCCUCUAUGUGGGAGGUAUGCCGGAGGAGGUGAUGCCCGCCUCGCUGUCUCUGUCCUCACCCGGCGCCAACGUGUCCAACGUGUCCAGCUUGCACGGAUGCAUCCGGAACCUGUACAUCAACCACGAGCUGCAGGACUUCACGCGCGGGCACAUGAAGGCGGGCGUGGUGCCAGGAUGCCAGGCCUGCAGGAAGAUCUUCUGUCUGCACGGCGUCUGCCAGCCCAACUCAGCGCAGGGACCUGAGUGUGUCUGCCAGUCUGGUUGGAGCGGGCCACACUGUGACCAGCCAAUCACAGGAGGCCACACUGGGGCAGUGGGCGUGGCCUCCACAGCGGCGGCAUGGUGGUGCAGAGGGGAGGUGGUGAGGGACUACCACCGCCUGCAGCACAACAACAUCCUCUGCCAGACCGCCAAAGCUUUCUCCUGGGUGGAGUGUCAGGGCCGCUGCCAGGGGGGGGCGGGGCCUGGGGCGGGGGCCACGCCCACUUGCUGCGCUCCUUUGAGACUCCGACGCCGACGCAUCAACUUCCUGUGUGACGACGGCAGCUCCCUCACGCAGGAAGUGGAGAAACCUGUGGAGUGUGGAUGCAAGUUGUGUGUCUAGCACAACAGCACACACACACACAGUUCAAACACACACAUAUUUACACACAGACAACAACACAUUUACUAACAUACGCACACGUACACAACUUAAUACAAACACACAUGUACAUUAACACACAGACACACACACUCAAACGUAAAAAACACACAAACAUACAAAACUGUUAAAACACACACAUGAACACAUACGCAGACAUUGCCCACACAUUUUAAAACACACACAAAGACACGCACACUUUAACACACACACACAAAUAUACACACACAUGUUAAAAUGUUAAAACACACACACAAACACACACAUUAACAGACAAACACACUCAAAUAAAUGUUAAAUCACACACAUUAAAACACACACAAACAUUAAAAAACACACAUAACAACAUGCACAAACUCAUUAACACACGCACAUGUUACACGUACACAAACAUUAAGAAUUAAAACACACACAAACAUACCAGUACUUUAACACACGCACAAAAACAAUUCAAACACACAUUAAUGCAAACACAAUAUUAAAACACACACAAACAUACACACACGUUAACACAUACAAACAUACACAUGUUAAAACACGUACACCUCACGCACAAAAAUGUGAAAUCACACACAUUAACACAUACACACACACACACACACACACAUUAAUACUCACAAAUGCACACAUUGAAACACACACGUAAACACACACACACAAACAGUUCAAACACACACGUAAACACACACACACACAAACAGUUCAAACACACACGUAAACACACACACACACACACAAACAGUUCAAACACACAUGUAAACACACAUAUGUUAAAACACACACAUGCUAAAAUGUUAAAACACACACAGAUAAACACACAUGCACACAAUAACACACACACAUAUUCAUACAAGCAGUUCAAACACACACACACAAACCCACAAACGUUAAAACACACACAGAUAAACACACAUGCACACAAUAACACACACACAUAUUCAUACAAGCAGUUCAAACACACACACACACAAACCCACAAACGUUAAAACACACACAGAAAAACACAGAUGCACACAAUAACACACACACAUAUUCAUACAAGCAGUUCAAACACACACACACAAAUCCACAAACGUUAAAACACACACAUGCUAAAAUGUUAAAACACACACAGGCAAACACACGCGCACACAGAAAUGUUAAAUCACACACACACACACACACACAUUAAUGCUCACAAACGCACACAUUGAAACACACAAACAGCUAAAACACACGUACACACACAUCAACACACAAAAACAGCUAAAACACACACACACAUUAACACACAAAACAGUUAAACACACACACAAAACCAUUAAAACACACAUAAAGACACACAUUAAUACACAAAAACAGUUAUAACACACACACACAAAACCUUUAAAACACACAAAGACACGCAUCAACGCACAAAAACAGUUAUAACACACACACAGAAAACUGUUAAAACACAAAGACACACAACACACAA